AAUCUAGCCCUAGGGAUCCGCACACAGAGCAGCUUCAUGCCUCCAGGAGUUGGGUUCCUGCGAAAGUCUGGAAUCCACUUCCCACUGGAGCAAAGGAGAAAGUGAAAAGAAGAAACUAGAGACAAAGACACUGCACAUAAAUCUGAGCGGGAACCUCUAGGUGGUGGGAAAGUCUAGAGAGAGCAAGCACAAAAGAAUCAGAGGAGUAUCGUACUCCCCUUUACUGCACCAGCUGCUGGUUUUAUUUUGCAGGAGAUGAUAGCUAUGUGAGGAAGGGCAGUGGCUAUCCAUGAGACUCACAUAGUAGGAAAGGUUUGCCAUUGGGGAGAAAGUCCUGGGGGCAUGGGCUACAGCUGGGGAGGGCAGAAAAUGCCAAAGACAAGUGCCCAGUUAUUGGGGGAUCUGUCCCGGAUCCUCAAAGGUAUUUAAGUGCCUAAGUCCCGUUGAUUUCAAUGGCAUCUAAAUACUUUUGAAGACGUGGUCCAAUGUGCCUGGAUUGAGAAGCACUAAAGAAAGUUGUCCUGUGUAGGAAGCUCUGCAUUCCGGCCAGCUUCCUGCCUCACUAAAUUUCCCCAUUUUUCUCCCAGGAGUUGGGUUCCUCCAAAGAACUGAACUGCUCUUUACAACUCCACUGCCCUUGAGAUCUGAGAGCUUCUUCAGCCAGUGGGAAACCAGUUCCUAAGAACACAAAUAGCAUUGUCUUCUCAAUGGAUUUACAGAAUGAGAGGAGGUCUCCAGAGCACUUAGCCAGUGAAGAUGGGGCCCAGUUCCAUAUCCAUCAGGCAGAUGGGAUCAGAAUCUGUGAUCACUUCCUCCUAGGAAACUGUCCUGAAGGAGCUGGCUGUCCACUCCACCACACUCGCUAUCCUUACCACUGGCAGUUAAGGCGGAGCGACAACAAAGCCUGGCAGAGUUUGAGUGACUCAGCUCAGCGGCACCUGGAAAAUCUUUACUGCAAUGUUAACAAAAGUCAUGCUCAUUUUUUGGACAACAAUAAUUCUUCUGGGAAACUUGCCCUGACUUCCUUGGAAGUGAUAACCUCUGAGACCUAUGACAAAGCGAGGCGUCUUUCCAACACCUGCGAUCCACAGCAGAACCCCCAUUUCCCCACACAGUGGGCAGUGUUUUGGAAAAAUGGUGAUAAAUGGAUAAAAUACGAGGAGCCCAUCUUCAGUGAUCUCCUCUCUGCCUUUGAGGAGGACAAGGAAUUGCACAACUUCGAGCUCCGGGGCAAGCACUACAGCGUGGAUUUGAAGAGGUUUGUGCAACAUAACAUGGAACGGGGAUACGUUCGCCACAUCCAGCGCCGGCCUUCCUACCGAUCACUCCUCAGUAUGAUGCCAUACCUGCAGAUGAUACCAAGUAAAGCCAGUAUACCCUCCUGUCCUACUCAUGACAUCCCUGGGGAAGAUCCCAUGGAUGGUUACUAUGGUCCAUACCCUGCUGCUUGGAUUCCACAGCCAACUGUUGAUCAGGCUUUCCUGCAAAUGGAGGUGAUGCCAUCAGAAGCUGCAUACCGCUCUACUUGUGUUCUCUUCCACCAGUCUCUUCCAGAGGAUGAGGUCCUGGUGCUGGCAAUUUACAGGAUCCGGAAUGAAGAUCUCUGGCAAAGAUAUACCAACCGGAAAAAAUUCAUGACUUGGGGAAGAACAAAGCUUGAGAAACAACACCUGGAGAAGCACCUCUUCUUUGGAACCUCAGCCAGAAGUGUGGAGCCCAUUUGCAAGACAAACUUCAGCCAGUUCCUCCCGGAACAGCACAGCCCUAUUUUUGGCCAGGGCAUUUAUUUCUCAUUAAGAGCAGACUAUUCAAACAGAUACUCCCGUGCAAAGAAAGGUGGGAUGCGCUACAUGUUCCUGGCCAAGGUUUUGGUGGGUAAGACUGUGGCUGGGAGAGCACAUUAUCGCCGGCCCCCAGAACAGGAGCCUGGUGGGCAACUCUAUGACUCUUGUGUCAAUAGUGUGACCAAGCCCCAGGUGUACGUGGCCUUUGACAACUUCCAGUGCUACCCCUACUUUCUUAUCCACUACAAGCUCCUCUCUGACCCUGUGGUGCUGUACAGCUGA